GAGAUUUUGACCGAGAUCUCUUGGAAGGAAGCUUCAUCGUCCCACCCCAGAUCUCACGCAUGCAAGCUUUCCUUCCGCAUACGUCACACGGUUUGCUCUCGACAUCAACAGCAUUGAACAUUGCAUGCGUUGUGCAUGCACGCGUGACGCUGCAUACGAUCUCCGAACGAUACUCUCUCGAAUUUUGGACCGGGCGAACAACACACAGCAUGCUCUGCUAAUAACGACACUGAGAACGGAGACUGCAAACCAUGUCUUUCGUCCUAGACCAAGUCCGUCGAAUCGACGCGCAACUGGACCGUUUGCAGCUCGCGAAUCUCGAUACUGCGACCGCGGCUGGGAGGAGUGGAAGUACUUCAUUGAGGACUGCAGCGGAUGGAAAUGAUGAUGAAGAUGAUGAUGGGGAACAGCGAAGAAGUGAAGAGCAGGAUUUAGAAGAUGACUUUCCAAGUCAGAAUCAGAGACAAGGAUAUGGCGAUGAUGUCUCAAUUGGAGCGAUCUUACCUAGUAAGCGCGUCCUGGCAUUACAGAGUGCGAUUCGUGGACUAGCGCCUGGGAGAGCGGAUAGUACGUCUCGAGCGCUGUUGAAGCCAGGGCAAAUACUGGCGACGUUGGCGGCGUUGACGUCGCAGCAAAAGCAGGAGAGAGCGGCACAGGUGGGAAUUGUGCUUGGUGGUGAAGAUGCAGGAGAACAGCAAGAUGGAGCGGAAAGUACAGAAGAGGAGGCUAAGAGCGAGUUGGAACAAGAACUGGAAUGGUUACUGGUCUCGAAAGCUACGACACAAGUCUAUGGGCACGUUCUCGGAUCAAUACUCGAUGAGGCUGUUCAAUUGAGUGAUGAUAUUUGGUAUUGGGAUGAAGUGCUCGGGAGCCAAAGAUAUACGGCUUUGUACAGUGUGCAGAUUUCGCCCUUGCGACUGUGGGAUUUUGGAAGUGCAGUGUGGAGUGAUGCCAGAAAGCGAGCGGAGCAGCGCAACUUCGGUAUCGCGAGUGCUGGUCAAGAGGCGAGGGAUUCAAUUUCGCAGCAGUGGAGUGUUUUCUAUGGACUGGUGAAACAGGUCGCAAAGGAGAAGAGUGGGAGGGAGGUGAGGGCGAGGAUUCUAUCGCCUGUCACGAGGGUCAGAUCGGAAGUCAGAGCAAAGCAGAGUGCAUUGAAAAAGGUGCGGCUGAGGAAUGCGAAUGCUCUGGGAGUCUUGCUCGGAGAGGGACUGGCGAACGAGAAUGUGGGCAGUCAUGACUCGAUGCAUCAUGCUGGGGGUGAUGGAUUAGGGAGUCCACCGGCCACCCAGGAUGUGCAGCAGAAGUGGAGAGCUUCAGUUUCGAGAAACGUGGCUUUGAUGGAAGCGGUGCUGGCCAAGGUCAACGACUUGAAGACGCCUAUUGAUAAAUUCGACUCUGCAAUUGCUACGCUGACGGACGACGACCCGCUGUUCAAUGUCGAUUCCAGCGAUGUCGGACUGGCGCCGCAGGCUGUUGCUGAGAGGUUGUCGAGGGUGUUGACGCUGGGCCUGGGACAGUAUACGACUUCUGCGAGAAGUCUGAAGAAGCAGCAUGGCCGACCAUCGAAAUGGGUGCGAUAUUGGUUGCCGAUCACCCUCGGAGUGAUCUCAUCAAGCACGCUACUCCGAAUUCUGGUCAACCGACAGGCAGAAAUUGUACAGUGGGUCGAGGAUCUCGGUGCGACUGUCGUCGAUUUCUGGCAGAACUGGGUCGUCGAGCCGACUCGUAAUGUGAUUCGGACGAUCCGCCACGACGAAGGAAGCGAGAUCAGUAUCAUGUCAAAGCGAUCCCUCGAAGGCGAUCGCGAAAGUCUGGAACGCAUGGUCGUGGAUUUCGCUGUCGAUGUGCCUGCUACUGCAACAGAGACUGGAUCACCGCUCACCGAGGCUGAAAUUGCAGACAUUCGUGCCAAAGUCAGGGAAGGAGAUCUGACGCCUGUCUUGAAAGCCUAUGAGAAGGAUCUUUCCAGCCCAUUGAAAGGAGCGAUGCGGGGCAACUUGAUUCGAGCACUGUUGAUUCAAGUGCAAAAGACCAAAGUCGAUGUGGAGAUUGCCAUGGGUGGGAUUGACUCUUUGCUCAAAUCGCAAGAGCUGCUCAUUGGCUUCAUCUCACUCACGCCCGGUCUGCUUGUGGCGUACGGAUUCACACGCUGGAUGCGGACUUCCUUUACGCAGAAACGCGGCACGAAGGCGCAACGUAAACAUGGCGUUAUGCUUCAUCAGCUGAGAAACAUCGAUCGCAUCCUCACCUCUGCCACCGCCACGGAUUACGGCGAGCUGCAAUACAAAGACCAAGGUCUUCUGCUGUGUGAAGUGCAUGUGCUCCGACAAGCGGCUAUCAAGAUCAUGCCUAGGGAGAUAUAUCGUGAAUUUUCCGAAGAGGCGGAUGAGCUGUGUGAUGUCAGAAAGGGCGUCCUGAGGCAGAAGGCAGUGCUUGAACGAGUGCGAUGGGCCUAUGGGCGGUGGUUAAGCUGAUCGAUCACGACUGCUGACCAUGACAAUUUCGUUGUAGAAGUCAGAAUGGCGACUUUCUGCAUGCGUUGCAGACCACAGAGUCGGAGAAAGAAGCAACGGGCCCGAAGCUGGGUGGCCACGGCUUUAGCGAUGGUUGUUUGGCGGCUGUCUUUGUCUUGCGGUUCUUCCGGCACCUUGGCUUCGGUCACGUAGCAGAGCUGGACAUUAUUCGCGUAUACAUUGUUGCGGUCUCGCCGGGAGUGAGCAGCAUGGUUCGAUGUUGGCAGGCAACAGGAUGCCAAGGACAUGACGGCGCGAUGAAGGCAGCGGGAUAACGAGGG